CGGCGAAAGACGAAGGCCCGCCGUUAGUCUUACACAUAGGAGCGCAAGAACGUUGCUCAGGGUCUGGCAGUCUACACAGGGAAAGGGGCCAGGAAACUCCAGGAGCUAGCCGUUCAAAUUGUUUCCGCGCAAUAGCCGGUAGUGUUUUUUAAAGUUUGCCCUUUAAAAAACCCGGAUUAGUGCGAGGUCUUUUUGGGGGGAACUAGACAGAAAGGAUCGCUUUGGUAUUUCUUUGGUUCCAAGCAAAACAACAGCUCUCCAUGGUUUUACAUGUAAGACCCGUAAAGAAAACUCUGAUUAAAGAUAAAUAAAAUUAAGAUUGUAAUUUUUAUGCUACGCAGGCACUGAUUGUGAAACAAUCUUGUCUUCACGCCACUCUGGUUAUCGGCGAUAACAGUUUUCAGAUCCUGUUCUGGGGUUACUAAAGUGUGGACUAUAUAAUUUAAAAAAAAACAAUAACUAUAUAUAAAUAUAAAAAAGAAGUUUACCCGAACUUUUGAUCGGAUUAAGUAACCACCAGCUCCCAAAAUGGCUGCCAUCAGCGUUCAGUAUUUGUGCUUCUUCCCUACCUUUGCUCUGUUGGUGAGCCCCCUCCUCGCCAAUGCUGUCUCUUACGCCCAAGGUGGACUGAGGUCGCAAGUUGAGACACCUGACCGACUUCUGGCUGUCUUGCUUCUUGCUCCGGACAAGAAAGG